UUCACUUGAAGGAUAUGACUCAGUAUUAACAGGUCCCAUCUGAGAAUAGUGAAUAUUUUCAUUUGUGUUUUUCUCCUCUACUUUCUCCUUCUACUUAUUUAUUGUUAAUCUCUUUUGAUAUUUUGGAUGAUAAUUAUAAAAAAGAGAAAAUUUACCGAGAGAUAAUAAGAUACGGUAGGAAGAGCAUGUUAAAAAUAUAUUCGAGAUAAAUUAUGAAUGAAGAAACUCAACGAUUCGAUUGCCGAGAAACAGAGCAUAGUUAUUACGAUUAUAUAUCGCAACAAUUAGGAUAUCCGGAUACUGCAUAUAAUCCUGUAACGCCUACUGAUCCUAAUGGAAGGCUAUCCCAAAAUUUGCCGGAUACUCCACCAGAAUCAGAGAGGUCUGAACCAUACAGCCCACCUGAACAAUUGAUCAAUGAUCAACCUCCACCAUCUAAAUAUGGAUUACCGAUAUAUAGCCAAACUGUGUCAAAUCCAACAUACGCUCCAACAUUAAAUACAAGACAAGAAGAGGGCCAGAAAACAAAAAAGAGGAAAAUUGAUGAAAAUCUUCAACAAUCUUCAUUGGUUAAAUGCGAAAGAGAUACACCAAAUCAUUGUCAAUCUGCCGAUUCGGAUAGCGGUCAAAAUUCCCUCAAGUUUUAUGUAAAUCAUGAUGAAAAAUUCUACGUUUUAUACGACAGUGGAGGAAAUGCACUACCACAUGUGAAUUUUUCUGUUGAAGCCGAUAAAGGUUUUAUCUUUUCGGCACCUGACGAUUCGUUUAUUUGUCAAAAGAAGAAUCAUUUUCAAGUAACUGUUCAUCUAGCUAAUAAUAGUUAUUAUCCCAAGUUCGUGGCUACUAAUCAAAAUAACUAUGAAGAAAUACGAUCGUUUCACAUUCAUAUUUACGGGAAUAAGCGAGAAGCUAAACAACAAACUGUGCAAGUGGAACAAUCCCAAUCGGAUCGAACAAAAAAGCCAUUUGUUCCACAAAUUAUCGAGUUUAGCAAUAGCGGUACGGCUGGAAAGGGUUGUACGAUCGGUAGAUUACAUUUUUGCGACACGACGUUGAAUAAUCAAAGAAAGAACGGGAAACCUAAUCCUGACCAACGCUAUUUCCUAUUAAAUGUUGCAUUAAAGGCUCACACUCUAAGCGGUAAUGAGUGGACAAUAUGUUCUAUGCAAUCGGAGAAGAUCAUUGUAAGAGCGUCGAAUCCCUCCCAAUUCAAGCAAGAUGUUGAUCCGUGGCAAAAAGUUCAGGGAAGUGAAAGUGUUUAUUCAAGUGGAAAUGUCGGUAUUAAAACCGAUAAGCCAGAAAAAGCCUUAGACGUCCAAGGAGAUAUUAGAGUUACGGGAGCCAUAUUACAACCGUCUGAUAUGCGUGUCAAAGAGAAUAUUAAGGAAGUUGAUUCGUCAGAACAGCUUGAAAAAGUAAAAAAAGUAAAAAUGUACAAUUUUUCGUAUAAAGACGAUUACGCCGACGCCGUUGGCAUGGAAGCUCAGGAGAGGCAAACAACAGGUGUCCUUGCCCAACAGGUAAAAACCGUUAUACCAGAAGCUGUUCAUCCGGCCGGAGAUGUCAAAUUGACAAAUGGAGAAGUUGUAGAAAAUUUUCAAACUGUCAAUAAAGAUCGUCUUUACAUGGAAGGUUUAGGAGCUGUUCAAGAGUUAUGUAAAGUUGCUGAUAAUCUACAAACUAGAAUUGUACAAAUAGAAACAUUUAAUGAAAGAUUAAAACAGAAAAGAGAUAGUGUUAGAUCGACAACGUCAUCAGUUAUCAGCUCACCAGUUUUAGGUUCGGAAGGAAGUAGAGCUAGACGGCCGAAUCAGAAUAAAUUGAAUAGAGCGAAUUCAUUCAAAAACACUCGUAGAUCAAAGAAACCAUCACAACCCGAAGAUACACAAUGCUCUAAUAGAUUAUUACAUUCGGCUAUCGUUACUCUAGUCUUUGUAAUGACGCUAUGUUUAAUAUCCAUUUUAACCUUGUAUAUAUUAGAAAAGACGGAGAAGAAAGGUACCAGCCCCAUACCUACAAUUAUUACUAGACCUGGAACGCCAGCAGUUACUAGAGGAACUGUAAAGCCUACUCCUAUCCCCCCUGAUGUUCUUAUAAGAUCGUUUUGUAGAAUAAAUGUUUGCGACGAGAAAUGCUGUCUAUCAUCCAGUUCUAGAUCGGGAAAUAAAAGUCAUAUCCAAAGCGCUAAUGUCAUACGCGAAGAGAGCAAUUUUAGAACGUCAAAGUUCACCACAAUGGCUUUUACCAUGGCAAAAAUGCCUGAUAGAGGGAAAACGCAUAUAGAGACGAACGAAAAUAUUCGCCAUAUUAUGGCCGAUCCCUACUUUAUAACUUAUAAUAGAUCAUUGGCACCGUUUUGUCUAAGAAACUCGUGCACUGGCUCCGAUGGACGCUAUCGCUACUUAAUUAAAUUAGAUAAAACUAUUCAGUUUAGAAAUAUUAUCGUCAAUCUUAAAUUAAAUAAUGCAAGUGUAUCGGUAAGUUGGUUGUGCCACUAUUCUCAGGGUACAGGAGCGGAUACAGAAACCGAUUGUGAAGGUACUCAACUACAGCAUUUACCUUUCAGAGAUGAACUGAGACAGGAUAUCUGGAGUCUCCCUGCAGGCUACUUUAAUGACACAAUUUAUACCUUUCGAAUUUCUUCUAAACUUAUGAAUAACACUUGUGAUUUAUCUCAAGACCGUAUGGGCAUAGAUUUUACAGAGUACGACUUUCAUUUCAAGCGUCUACCUUCCCGAACUUGCCCUAAGUGA